UGCAAUUAACCCGAUUCAAAACUACCUAUACAGAACAAAGUAUAUCUUCAUCUUCCUUGAGAGAAACAAAGCAAAACGUUGAAGUCAAAUUCACAAACAGUUGGUGGGCGUUGCAGAAGACAAUGCCUUUCUCCAUUUCAAUAACAUCAACAGCUCUUCCAAAUCUCUUCACACACUCUUCACAUUCAUGUUUUCAAUCCCAAUUCAACUUUGUUUCCAUCCUUGACUCGAACAAGAAUUUCCUCCCACUGUCUAAGUUAGCUUACUCUGCUGCUGCCACCGCCGCGGCAAAGCCGCAGAGUGGGCCGGUGAAGAAACGCCCUCCAGCUCCAAAUUCAAAGAAGAAAAAGAAACCCAGCAAUGAGAAGACUAGUAGAAAAAGAGUUAGCAAUCUGGAAGUUGUCGAAGAGGAAGAGUCACAGGGCAGUUACCAGGCUUUACCACUCCCGAAACCGCCGGCUGGGUUCGUAGUGGAUGAGCAAGGCAGAGUUGUCUUGGCUUCUAACAAACGGAUUGCUACAAUUGUUGAUUGCACGAAUAAUUUCCCAUUGGAGUGUGUCAUCAGGCGGGUUUUCAGAAAUGCUCAAGGAGAUGAAUGUAUGUUGCUUUGCCCUGUUGAUACGCCUGUUCAGAUUUUGAAGAGCACAAAUGUCGAAGGAUGGUCUGCUGUCAGUGAUGAAGAAGUUGAAGCCAUUCUUCCAACUGCAGCUUAUGCCCUUGCCAAGAUACACAUGCAUCUGGUGUAUAGUGGGUUUUGUUAUACAGCACGUGGAGGAUUUUGUUACACAGAGGAUGACAUAUUUGAAUUUCGCACAGAUGAUGGUCAAGAUGUAGAUGGCUUGCCAACAGAAGGCAUAGAAAUUACAUGCUUCCAUUUGGAUGGUUCACACUACAUGAUUUACACGCCAUCUGAUCCACUUCUCUUUGUUGCUGUGAAGGAUGCGAAUGGCAUCUUACAAAUUGCUGAAGAUGAACUCUUGGAGGACCCUGCCACUAUAAGUGCCAUAGACGAGGAAACUGAAUUCAAUGCUUUGGUGGAAGAAGAGACUGCUCUAAUUGAGUCACUGUUAGGCGAAAGAUGAAGUUAUGUUGGGUUAUCGACUAAUUUAGGCUGUGCUUGUAUUUAUUUUGUUUGUAUAGAGUUAUCUACCCUUUUCAUAUGUAAUUUGGUUAAAUAGGGAGGUAAUUUCGCCAUGUCCAAGCUUCCUCUAAAGAAUGGAAUUUGCAAAUGUAGUCAAUGUUGACGCAGGUAGAGGUACUUAGCAUCUGCCAAUGCAAUAGAGCCAGAAAGUAUGCAGUGAGAUCUCUCCAUUUCAAACUCAUGCGACACAGAUAAAAUGCUUAAUAUAUCAUUUAAAAGUGGAGAGACUUGCAAAUAGACAGUACUUGCCAUAGGCAUUUGCAGUCUUAGUGUCUCGACCUGUUUAUUGCCUUUCAAUAUUUGAUUUCAAGCUUAUACAAAUACGGUUAAAGCA